AUGAUAUUUAGAUUCACACCUGUGCUGCGAAUUGGACUUUUUCUGUGGUCAUGCGGAGCAGGUCUGCGACUGCUAUUUGACCGCAAUACUCAUAUCGUAGUUUAUGUCGUCGUCCUUGCUAUCGAAGGUUCGGGCGUUGGCUUUACGCAUCAACCAGGAUUGGUCGCAGUUCAAGCACUCGCAAGAACUGAAGAUAGGGCAGUAGCCACAUGUACUCGCAACUUGUUGCGUUCAUUGGGCGCUGUUUUCGGCAUUGCCAUCUCAACUGCGGCGCAGCGUGCUGCCACACAUACGGCUUUGUACAAUAAAUUCGCAUCCACAGACUUGUCUAAACAUACACCGAGUGAUGAGAGAUUGAAUCCGCCAUCAAAUGAUCCUCGGGUGCUAGAUGCAAAUAUGGCUGGGUUCCGAGUCGUUUUCAUUACUCUUGUACCCUUGAUCUGUCUGUGUUUCAUAGGGAACUUCCUAGUGACCGAUGUUAAGCUUGAGGGCGAUACGGAAGAGAAGAACGAAGAUUAA